GCGCGUCGCUCCAUUCCAAUUCCUCUACAAACCUCCUCGCUGGUCCACUGUGAAAGACCGUGGAUUCAGUUCGAACUAUCUGAACCUCUCUUUGGUUGAGCUUGAGUGGACGUGCGUGUUUGCGGUCUCUCUCGGCGCGUCUUCGUGUUGGAACCUCCAUACUCUCUCCAUGCAGCCUACAUUAGCUCCAGCGCCGCAUCCAAGCAUGCAAACAUCUGCUCAGGACCAUGCGGAUCAGGUACGUGCGCGGAAAUGCUGACGCGCGUUGGUUCCUGAAUUUAGUGCUCCAUGACCAGCUCCUAGCGGCCCAUCAACACCUAUCGCAUCCGCAGCAACCGCGUCCGCAGCCCUCUACCGCGCAGCCACCGCACAUGCAGCCCAAUACGACAAGCCCUCGUGACCAAAACAACAUUGAUCCCGCGAUAUCAGGUGCUGCGAUGCUCAGCGGCCCGCCGCAAACACCCCCGCAGCCGGAGCCUACGGGCCAAGAGAGCCCGAAGACGUACGGCAAGCGACCGUUGUCGACCUCCAAGCGCGCUGCGCAGAACCGCGCCGCACAGCGAGCAUUCCGUCAACGGAAAGAAAGUUACAUUCGCAAAUUGGAGGAGCAGGUGAAGGAGUUUGACACCAUGUCGGAGGCUUUCAAGGCUCUGCAGGCGGAGAACUAUCAGUUGCGCGAGUAUAUCAUCAAUCUCCAGUCGCGACUUCUGGAAUCCCAAGGCGAGGUGCCUGAGCUCCCAGGAAACAUCGACCUGAGUCAGCCACGAACCGACCUGAAUCUACCGCAACCCGGUGCCGGGUCUGCGACGACGUCUUCAUCAGCGCCCGCGCCGCCCUCGGCAGCUCAACAACCGCAGCCACCUCAAGGUGCUGCGUCCAACGACGACAUGAACUCUCUGAACCGGAUAGCCGUGGCCGGCUUGGGGAUGCGCAAGCAUCCCAAUGAAGAGGCUAACUACCUUGGCAAUAACUUCGCGGGUCGUCGGACACGCCCCGACGAGACUCAAGCUGACCCGGAAGCGACAAAGACGGAGCCAUCCACACAUGGGCUUCCCAUGGUCUCAUGA